UUAAACUUCACCAACAAUUUCGAUGAAAACCUAGAAUCAGCUCUCAAGCUAUACCAGAAGAACCUCAACCUAAACACCACUGGUAAACUCGACAACAACACCGUACAAAUGAUCGCCCGACCCAGGUGUGGCGACGCCGACAUCAUCAAUGGCACCGCUUCCAUGAAUUCCGGCGAGCCCUCGCAUACGACCCACCACAACCUCACUAGCGCAUUCUUUCCGGGAAAACAGUUAAAAGAUAACGCCAUAGCCGUGUUCACCCGUGCUUUUCAACGAUAUCACGGCGACGGUGAAGCGUUCGAUGGGAGGUUGGGGACGUUGGCCCACGCCUUCUCGCUUACCAGUGGAUUGUUCCAUCCGGACCGUGACGAAGAGUGGGUGGUGGAUGAAGAUGUUACGUAGUCAACGUCGUUCACGGCCAUUGAUUUGGAAUCAGUUGCAGUACAUAAAGGGAAUACAGAUGCUCUACGGUAAUAAUCCCACGUUCCCACUCAUAAGCAUA